AUGCGCCCUGCUUCGUGUCGGGCUCCCGACGCACUAUAUAUCCUGGACAGCGCAGCACCAACGCCCACCAUAUCCGCCCUCAUUUCACAAUGCCUUACUCAUAUACUCCCGCAAAUCCUACGCUCCACCGUGGAGGCGCGUGUCUGGAGUGCCGCCGGCGCAAACUCAAAUGCGAUGGCAUUCGGCCCAUAUGUGGUUGCUGUCAACGGGGAAAACCAGCGGAUUUAUGAGCUCGAAGAGUCAAUUCGGGCAAUCGAGUCCCGGCCAAGACGCUCCCGUCGCGGGUCUCCAGAAUCCCCUAGCAAUGCACCUGAAGCUUGGUUCACAGCUACAGUGCCGAUAUUGAAUGCUAAUCAGUAUGAUCAAUCAUACUUUACGCCUCAGUUGAUCGACUUGCCCGCGUCCGUGGACUGGUCUCCAGAUAUGGCUAUCGAUUCACCUGCCUUAUCCUUUGAAAUGUACGAACCUUCAUCCUCUGGCCCAUUAAGGCAAGGUCGAUCUACGCAAGACUGGCUUUUUAAUACGCCCUCGUAUGCCUCCCACAAUGUCCUUCGAGCCUGCGACUGUCUCUUUGCUAUCAUCACCCUGCAUGACUUUCUGAUCGCAUCAUUCAUGGCUCGCCGCCGUGAAUAUGGUCUUCAGAUCGAUGAAGAGAGCUUUCUCACUAGCUUUGCGCUCCCACCGGAUCACCCAUCUGCUGUUCGCCCGGCUCUGCGUAAUGCCGUAUACUUGCUGGCAUGCCACGCACUCAGCACACGAACCCCCGCACUGGCACAAUAUGAGUCGUUGUUCGUGGAUAAAGUUCGCCAGGGCAUCGCCAACUCUCUCGAGACAGCACAAGAAGACAGCGGAGGCUUAUUCACUGGUGUCAUCUUAGCGUCGAUAUUACUUGCUCGGUAUCUCCUCAUUAUGGGGCGGAUUCGUGAGGCAUAUCACCAGACAGCGUCUGUCGCUCGGUUCGCUAUUAGCUGUGGACUUCAUCAACUGUCAACAUUAGAUCUUAGGUCUCACAGCCCUGGGUCCCGAGCUCCCCUACUACUUCCUCCCCCAACGGACUUCAUAGCCCUUGGAGAGCGCAUACAUGCAUUUUGGGCAAUAUACAAUUUGGACCGGACCAUAUCUGCUGUAGCUGGACUUCCUUCGACAUUUGGUGACGACGGCUCCGAUGGUGUUGAUGCACGAGAACGGAUAACCACGUUAUGGCCACGUCCCUUGCGGGAAUAUCGAUCCCCAGAACAACUCAUGCAUACACCCCAGUCAACUAUCUCCGACUAUUUCUCCAACGUCACCCUCAAUGGAUCGGCACUCGCGCUCGCGUACGCGUCCCAGCUCAAAAUAUCGUUAGCGCAGCACGGCCGUGCGGCCUACGGCGACCCGGCUAUGCACCAAAUUGGAGCCCAACUUGCCGGGCUUCUCAGGCGGGCCCAGCCUACAACAGGUUUGGAUAUUCUGGUUGGGGUGUGCUGUGCGUUCACUCUCGGAUUUUUGAAACGCGCCUCGGGUGCAGACCAAGUGACCGAGCAACUCGAAAAAAGUCUAGCGUAUCUCCGUAGUGCUCAUGUUGUUCUUGCGGACCCGCACCUCGAGGAUCGGGAUCUACCAUGA